AUGUCCCGACACGAAGUUGGUGCUGUAUUGUCUGAGCAAGAACUGGUACUGCUCAAUUUGUCAGCCUGGAGUACUACUCGCUUCUACUCGACGGCCGGUGGAGAUGGUAAUUCCUCCGCAGACGGUGGACACCCAGAAGACAGUAGUAAACCGGGCGCCGCAAGUCCCCCGGAUGGACCCCCCGGCGCCCCUCCAGACUCCCAACACCCCUUCGCACUGACCGCUCAGAAUAUUCCCAACAACUUUCCCUGCGUUCCUGUCAUUGCAAUAACCGGCAAUCCGCUCUUUCCAAAGUUUAUAAAGAUGAUCGAGGUGAGUCAGGACGCGAUAACAAUGUAA